AUGGGUCACCAUUCUUGCUGCAAUCAACAGAAGGUUAAGAGAGGUCUUUGGUCCCCAGAAGAAGAUGAAAAACUCAUCACUUACAUUACCACUCAUGGCUAUGGUUGUUGGAGUGAAGUUCCUGAUAAAGCUGGGCUUCAAAGAUGUGGUAAGAGUUGUAGAUUGAGAUGGAUAAAUUAUUUGAGACCUGAUAUAAGAAGAGGAAGAUUUUCACUUGAUGAAGAGAAAUUGAUUAUUAGCCUUCACAAUGUUGUAGGCAACAGAUGGGCUCACAUUGCAAGCCAUUUACCUGGUAGAACUGACAACGAAAUAAAGAACUACUGGAAUUCAUGGAUCAAAAAGAAAAUCAGAAAGCAUAACUCACCUUCUAAUUCAUCAACCACCACCAAUAUUACACAAAACCAUGUUCUUGAUUAUAAUUUCAAUAUCAAUAAACUAGAUCAGAAUAUUGUAACAACACCAAAACCAUCACCAUUUCAAGAAACAACCUUGUUUUCUCCCACAUGUCCUUUGUUUAUGUUCGAGCCUAAUUCACUACACGGAACAACAACAACAACAGCAGCAGCAGAAGCAAUACAAAGUAGUAGUAAUAAUCUGCAAACCGAUCAAUACUUCCAAGAUUCUUUACUAGGUUUGAACUCGGAAACAUGGAAUCAAGUUCAAUCAUCUUCACUACCUCCUCCAAUAUCAACAAUUUUUACAAUGGACACAAUGAAUUAUCUACCACCUUUGAUAGAGAAUGUGGAAAACAUGGUGGAUGAGGAAGUCGGCGAUCAUCAACAAGUACAAGAGAUGAAUAACAUUGAUCAAUGGCAUCAUCAACAAUAUCCUAACAACAACUUUCUUUUCUGGGACAACAUUGUUCAUCUCAGUGGGGAAGAACAACAGCUAGCACCAAAUUCAUCAUCAAAUAUGGGAACAAACAGUACAACACUUUCUCCUUUUCCUUCUUCAUCUUUUUGA